AUGGCGGAGUUGCCAGCCACAGAAUUAACUGACUUGGCCCAUGCCAAUGGCAGGUUCACCAUUAGCACCCUGAUCAGCACCGAGGACAGCAGCAAACCUCACUAUGGACAGCCUGACGCUGCCACCUGUGAGGCUACCCAUCCCAGCCACCUCACCCACAGCAGCACUUUCUACAUGAGGACCUUUGGCUACAACACAGUGGAUGUUGUGCCGACUUAUGAACAUUAUGCCAACACGAAGGUGGCGGGUGAAACCAAUAAAGUUAGGCCCACGCUGGCAGAUCUACAUUCUUUCUUGAAGGUAAGCUAUGUAGAAGGACUCCGUCUCCACAACCCAGUGUACGAACCCCAGAGAAGUAACGGCCUGAGUGACGAAACGACUGAGGAAGAUGGUGGUGAGGUUGGGGAAAAGCCUCCAGGCGAGCCGAUCCGAUUUGGAUGGGUGAAAGGAGUGAUGAUCCGAUGCAUGCUGAACAUCUGGGGUGUGAUUCUCUAUUUGCGAUUGCCCUGGAUCACUGCACAGGCAGGAAUUGCGCUCACAUGGCUGAUUAUCUUCAUGUCUGUGACGGUGACGAGCAUCACAGGGUUGUCCAUCUCUGCCAUCUCCACCAACGGCAAAGUGAAAUCAGGUGGCACCUAUUUCCUUAUCUCAAGAAGCCUCGGUCCAGAGCUGGGUGGUUCCAUCGGUCUCAUAUUUGCCUUUGCGAAUGCCGUGGCGGUGGCCAUGCACACGGUGGGCUUUGCGGAAACUGUGCGCGAUCUGCUCCAGGAACAUAACUCGCCCAUUGUAGACCCCACAAAUGACAUCCGCAUCAUCGGGGUCAUCACAGUGACAGUGCUACUUGGGAUUUCCUUGGCCGGAAUGGAGUGGGAAGCAAAGGCACAGGUGCUGUUCUUCAUAGUCAUCAUGAUUUCCUUUGUAAAUUACGUAGUGGGGACGGUGAUUCCAGCCUCCGAGGAGAAGCAGGCAAAAGGAUUCUUCAGUUACCGAGCUGAUAUUUUUGCUCAGAACUUUGUGCCAAAUUGGCGCGGACCAGAUGGCACCUUCUUUGGUUUGUUUUCCAUUUUCUUUCCAUCAGCGACUGGCAUCUUGGCUGGAGCCAACAUUUCAGGUGAUUUGAAGGAUCCAGCCAUAGCCAUUCCCAAAGGCACGCUGAUGGCUAUAUUCUGGACUACAAUAUCCUAUCUGGCUAUUUCUGCUACAAUUGGUGCCUGUGUGGUACGUGAUGCCUCUGGGAGCCUGAAUGACUCCAUCCCUGUUGGCUCUCCGGGCUGCGAAGGACUUGCUUGUGACUACGGGUGGAACUUCACGGACUGUGCUCAGAAACAGAGCUGUCACUAUGGACUCAGCAAUUAUUACCAGAGUAUGAGCAUGGUAUCUGGAUUUGCCCCCCUGAUCACGGCUGGAAUCUUCGGGGCCACCCUCUCUUCUGCUUUGGCCUGCCUGGUCUCAGCACCCAAAGUCUUCCAGUGCCUAUGCAAGGACCAGCUCUACCCUCUGAUCGGCUUCUUUGGGAAGGGCUAUGGGAAGAACGACGAGCCGAUCAGGGGUUACAUGCUGACCUACAUCAUAGCAGUGGGGUUCGUUCUUAUCGCUGAAUUGAACACUAUUGCCCCAAUCAUCUCCAACUUCUUCCUGUGCUCGUACGCACUCAUCAAUUUCAGCUGUUUCCACGCCUCCAUCACCAACUCGCCGGGAUGGAGACCAUCCUUUAGAUAUUACAGCAAGUGGGCUGCGCUCUUCGGUGCCGUCAUCUCUGUCGUGAUCAUGUUUCUAUUGACCUGGUGGGCAGCCCUGAUAGCCAUUGGCAUCAUUGUCUUCUUACUGGGAUACGUGCUCUACAAAAAGCCUGAAGUGAACUGGGGCUCGUCUGUGCAGGCAGGUUCGUACAACUUGGCCCUGAACUAUUCCGUGGGACUCAACGAAGUCAACGAGCACAUUAAGAACUACAGACCCCAGUGCCUGGUCUUAACAGGCCCUCCCAACUUCCGCCCAGCCCUGGUGGAUUUUGUGGGCACUUUCACCAAAAACCUCAGCUUGAUGAUUUGUGGGAAUGUGCUGAUAGGACCAUGCAAACAGAAGAUGUCAGAAUGCAGGCUCACCUCCAACGGCCAUACAAAGUGGCUGACCAAGAGAAAGAUCAAAGCUUUCUAUACGGACGUGGUAGCUGAUGACUUGAGAAGUGGAGUCAAAACACUUAUGCAGGCAUCCGGUCUUGGGAAGAUGAAACCCAACAUCCUGGUGAUCGGGUACAAGAAGAACUGGCAGACAGCUCACCCUAGGACUGUGGAGGAGUACACUGGAAUCCUGCAUGAUGCGUUUGACUUCAAGUAUGGAAUAUGCUUAAUGCGAAUGAAGGAAGGGCUGAAUGUUUCCAGAAUGAUGCAGGCUCACAUUAACCCGGUGUUUGACCCAGCAGAAGACCGUAAAGAGAAUGGAGCAAAUGGUGUGGUACCCACUGUGACAGGAACAUUGGAUCCGGAUGCCCUUACAGCGGAACAGCAAGCAAGCACCAUCUUCCAGACUGAACAGGGCAAGAAGACUAUCGACAUCUACUGGCUCUUUGAUGAUGGAGGUCUGACGCUCCUGAUUCCGUUCCUCCUCAGUCGCAAGAAGCGGUGGGGCAAGUGCAGAACCCGGGUGUUUGUUGGUGGGCAGAUCCACAGGAUGGAUGAAGAGAGGAAGGCGAUUGUCUCUCUAUUGAGCAAGUUCCGACUUGGGUUCCAUGAGGUGCAUGUCCUUCCAGACAUUAACCAGAAACCACGCCCUGAACACAUCAAGAGAUUUGAUGACCUGAUCGCCCCCUUCAGGCUGAACGAUGGGUUUAAGGACGAGGCCGUGGUGAAUGAAAUGAGGCGUGACUGCCCCUGGAAGAUUUCUGAUGAGGAGCUUAAUAAAAACAAAGUAAAGUCGCUUCGACAAGUGAGACUGAAUGAGAUUUUGCUGGAUUACUCACGGGAUGCUGCUCUCAUAGUCAUAACCUUGCCAAUAGGCAGAAAGGGGCGAUGCCCCAGCUCCCUCUAUAUGGCCUGGCUAGAAACCCUCUCGCAAGACCUGAGACCCCCAGUUAUUCUGACCAGAGGAAACCAAGAAAAUGUUCUGACGUUUUACUGCCAAUAG